CGAGAGGCCACGAGGUUAGAUAGGUACGUACCUAGGUUGUAUGAGGCCAUGCUACCUGUUGUAGGUAGUUUUACCCUCAAGUCUACAGCCCUCGGCAUUUCCUCACCCGUCUCUCUCUUAGCAUAGUGCGAAUGCGAAAGCCAACACCACCGACAAGAUGCUCUCGCCGCUUCUCCUGGUGUUCGCCGUCGAGCUGGGUAGCUAUCUGGUGAAUGUCGUGGGCCCGUCGGCUAUCAAUAACAUACUGUGGAAUCUGUAUCUUGCCCUACCAUCGCAAGCGUCGAGGCAAGCGGCCGAGACAAAGAAGGCGCAGAAAGAAUACCUUACCAUCCGCCGCGAUCUGAAUGCCACGAGUAGUCAGGACCAGUUCGCGAAAUGGGCCAAGCUUAGGCGGCAGCAUGACAAGCUCUUGGAAGAGCUGGAGAAGAUGAAAUCCUCCUACGAUGCCUCGAAAGCCAACUUCGAUAGGUCUGUCAACAUUAUCCGCUGGUCAGGUACGACGGUCCUCAAGAUCAUCUUCCCCCUCUGGUAUGCGAAACAACCCAUGUUCUGGCUCCCACAGGGCUGGUUUCCCUACUAUGCCGAGUGGAUCCUCUCCUUCCCCCGAGCGCCCAUCGGCAGCGUCAGCACCUCAUCGUGGCAGGUGGCCAGCCUCACAGUGGUAAUGUUGGUGGGGGACAUAGUUACGAUGGCUAUAAGACAAUCGCAAGGCACGAAGGCAGCCCCGAAGCAGCAGACGACAGCGAAUCCUGCCGAGGAGAAGGGCCGACGGGAGGCAAGGAACAAGAAGGUUUCGUGAGAAGGAAGCCAGACAGAGGUAGAAGGCAUACGUAGAGGAUGAGGCUAGGACCAGGUCCAUAUUGAUUUUACUAGGCGACACGGAGUAUAUAUACAAGACAUGUCUCUCAUCUGAUUUGACGCAGAGUAGUUCAUCGCGAAAAGCUGCUAACUCUGUAACACGAUUGAGAUGACUCUUUGGCAGAGUACUUGGGCUCGCUCUAGGCAACAUAUUGACUCUAGCGACCAUGGGAGAGGGAGAUCGCCAAAGCUUCGAAAGUGCCAGCACGCGUGACGUGUCCGUAUGUCUUACCUCACAGCCUGCUGGUAGGCGCUACAACUUGCCUCCGCCCUCGGCUUCGGGUGAAGCGAUGAGGGGCGGCAAUACUUGAAUUUUUGAAAUCAUCUGGAACAAUGAUUCCUAGUCUAGCCCCUGGCACGUGUGUAUGGUCGAGGAAGCUGUCCGGGUUGUCAUAUUUUGAGGGCGUGAGCGUCGUUGGUCGCGUAGGGGGGGAAAACUUGUCUGGGAGAACAACCCAGCACCAGCUUGAU